GCGGGUCUGAUGGAGAAUAAGCCACUUGGCACAAUGUGAUUGGAAAAUGGCCAUGGAAUUGGGGAGCGAAGAGUUGAGAGACUCGGUGUGAAUGAGAGUGAGGUGUGUGUGAGUUUGUUUGGGUAUGUUCUAAGUGUUAGCUUUUGAGAUUUUUCAAAUCUUAAAAGUUGUUGUUUCAAAAUGGCUGCUGUUACCAAUCUUGUAACGAGCCUAAAUUACAUACCCUUCCAAUUGCAGUACUUGGGGCCCAAACCGGCAUUCCAAUCGCUGAGAAGUAGAAGCAGAAGGCUGAGGCGUGGGUUGGGAGUGGUGGACGAACAGCAGCAAGGAUUUACGGUUUCCUUCACGGAGGAAGAGAAUUCGCUCAUCCAAACACUCGUUGGAGUCCAAGGCCGAGGCCGCUCCGCUUCUUCCCAACAAAUCAUUGAUGUGGAGCGUGCAGUCAAGGUUCUCGAACAAGGUUUGCAAGGUGUGCCUGAUCCGACAAGCUCCUCCUUAAUUGAAGGACGCUGGCAAUUGAUGUUUACCACCAGACCUGGAACCGCGUCUCUAAUCCAGAGAACAUUUGUUGGGAUCGACUUCUUUAACGUAUUCCAAGAGGUUCACCUUCGAACUAACGAUCCACGCAUUACCAAUAUUGUCAAAUUCUCGGACGCCAUUGGCGAGCUCAAAGUGGAGGCAGCAGCAUCAAUCAAAGACGGAAAACGAAUCCUUUUUCAGUUCGACAGAGCCGCCUUUUCUUUCAAAUUUUUGCCAUUGAAGGUUCCAUAUCCAGUGCCAUUCAGACUACUAGGAGAUGAAGCAAAGGGUUGGUUAGAUACCACAUAUUUAUCCCGUUCUGGAAACCUCCGCAUCUCCAGAGGAAACAAGGGAACCACAUUUGUGCUACAAAAGAAGACUGAACCUAGGCAAAUACUGUUAUCAGCCAUCUCUACCUCUAAAGGAGUUGAAGAGGCAAUUGACAAACUCAUCUCCUUCAAUCAGAAUAAGAGGCCUAGCAAUGAAGAUGAAACAGAACUCCAAGAGGGACAAUGGGAAAUGAUAUGGAGUUCUCAGACAGAGACUGACAGUUGGAUAGAGAAUGCGGCCAAUGGUCUUAUGGGCAUGCAGAUCGUCAAGAAGAAUGGUCAGAUAAAGUUUUUGGUUGACAUCUUCCUUGGGUUCAAAUUUUCCAUAACUGGCACAUACGUGAAAUCUGGGAGCAACACAUACGAUGUUAACAUGGAUGACGCAGCCAUACUAUGGGAACGCUUUGGGUAUCCCAUAGAAAUUGACAGCAAGUUUAACCUGCAAGUGCUAUAUAGUGAUGACAAAAUCAGAAUUACACGGGGAUAUAACAAAAUCAUUUUUGUCCAUCUUCGGACAGAUGGAUCCUAUAAAAAUUGAUGUUUCCGCAAAUAGGUAUUUACGUUUGGCAAAAUAUUUGUAAAUGUUAAAAAAAAGAAAAAAAAAAAAAAAAAAAAAGAGCAAUGUGAUUUUAACUCUUAACAUGUUGCCGGCACGAAACAGUGAAGAAUUUAAUUACAAAGCAAUUUAUGUGGGUUUGCUCUUUUGGUUCGAGACAAAACUGGUUGACGUUCAUUGUUGAUUGGGAGCUUGCAUGCCAAGAAAGUGAAAAUUCAACGUUCGUUCUUUUUGUUGUUGAAA